UAGGAAUAUCAGAACAUUCUGUGGUAAUACAUUUAUAAUAUUUUUGAUAUUGUUAUUUGAAAUUUUGUGAUUUGUCAAUGUUACGGCUAUUUAAAUUACUUAUUAAUUUUUCAAAAUGAUUCGAGAAUUAAGUACUGUCAGAGAAUGCAUUGUUAAUACAAAUAUAACAUUGAAAUCUAUAAUACAAGUAAAACAAUAUUAUAAUAUUAUAUAAUUAUGCAGUUAUGUAUGAAUUCACUUUAUUCAUAAUAUAGGAUAUAUAUUCAUGUGAAGGACCUAUAGAAACUUUGACACAAUUAAAUGCCGAUGGUCGAAAACAAAUUAAUAUAUUUCGAAAUUUAAUAGAAAACUUAGAAUUAUAUGGACGAGAAAUCGAAAGUCAACAAGAAAGAUCAGAAGUUAUUGAAGAAGCCCGUAAUCAGAGAGAAUAUUUAACAAGGUGAUAAUUAAACUUUAAUAUUAACAUUAUUUCCUACCUAUUUUAAAUAUUUCUCUCUAAGUUAAACCUAUAAGUUGGUUUAUAGUUUUUCCUAUUUUAAAUAGGUAUGUAUAAAUAAUGCUCUGUCUCCUUCACCGGGUGCUUAUGUAGAUAAUGAGGAACCAGACACCCAGUCACACUAUAGGGCACCUAGCACUCAGUUAUGUAUGAUUCUAUCAUUAUAAUUACUUAUGUUAAAAAAAUAAAUGAUUAGUUUUAAAAAGUACCUACCGUAGAAUGAGUUAUGUAUGGCCCAAUUUUGAAGAGUUCUAAACUUGUGCUAAGUUCGACCUGGUUAAAAUGAACAAAAUCAAAAAUAAUUUAGUUCAUCAUAAAUGUGAUGAUCUGUAGAUACAUUUUAUAGAAUCUGAAAUUUUAAAAGAAAAUUGCCCUUUUUUUGUUAACAUUUUGGGCCAAAAUUUUGUUGCUUUGUGGAAUAUUUGGUCCAUAAGUGAAACUUUACAUUUUUAACUUCAAAUAUUGUUACCAAUAUUCUCAACGGUGUUUGGUAACAUAAACUUGAUCUACCCAGAUCUUCUAUUGUUCAUUUUAACUGCUUACACAUUAGUCACCAUCUUCUUCCUUUUUAUGCUUACUAACUUAAUUUUAAUUAUUUUAUGUGCACACUCCAUAUGGAGAAAAGUAUCUGUGGUCUAUCUCACAUACACUUUGACUGUCCCUCUAUAUUGGCUAAACGACUUAUCCUUUUAUUUUCUUAACUCCUCCUCCUCACCUUUCAGCUAUUCUAAAUUCCAAUUCCCUGUCUGUCGUCGAACUCAUCACUUCCUUUGUCCUGGAGGCUAGUUUUCUUAUUUGAGUAUUAUAUUGUAUUUUAAACUAAAUUGUCAUUUAUUCGUUCUUUCUAUUAUUAUUUUUAUUUUUAUUAUUAUUAUUAUAAGUUUUCUUUUUAUUAUAUCAUAAUUUUCGGGUUUAAUAGUUUUUUCUAUCAAAUAAUAAAAAAAAAACUUAAGAUAUAAUCUCUGGGUCAUCUAUAUCUAAACUUUUUUCAGUUGACACAAGAGAUACAGCUUUCUCAUCUGAAUCACUGGCGGAAACCAAAAACCUAAGGAGUUUCUAUUUGCUACUGAUUAUUGGAUUUACCCGGUAUGGUCCACAAGUGGGUUGUGCAAUUUCCAAGACCUUACAAUGAAAUACUUUUGACAGGUACCACUUGUAGUUUUCUCUUCCUUUUACCCGCUUCAUUAAUAAAAUCUCUUUCCUUUUGGAUGAUUUCCAGAAAAGCACCACCAACUAAAUUUUUAUCAAACUGUUAAUUUGUUGCUAACCUGUUUAAAAUCAUCAUAUUGUCUAUAAGUUAAACCCCACAUUUUUUAAACUCAAAUUUUGAAUGUUCCACUCACUUUUAACUUCUACAAAAACUUUUUAAUUAACCUUAGAAAAAAAUCUGUAGGAAUAGUUGAGAAAUUUGAACCAGUUUUAGUUAUUUUCCAAGUGCGUCUUAUACAUAAACAUAUUAAUAAUUUAUUAAUAUAUCUUGCCAGUGCAUUUGUGUUGUGUGAGGUGUGUUUUUGGUAGCAAGCAGAAAAACUAUCAUUUUCUUUACAUAAAUGUAAAACCUUUUCAUUAAUAUAUAAUUUAUAUAUUUAUUAUAUAUACUUUCAAAUAUAUAUUUUUAAAACAGUUUUCAAAAGUGACAUAGUCCAAGCACCCACUUUUUGUUUAUUGUACCUGAUUUUUGGAGGCCCACCUUCAGUCCUACAUGUUUUGUAAACUAUAUAAGUUUGAAUUAGCUUCAGCAUUACCAUAUAAGAGAUGUGCCACUUUAACUGGAAUUAUAAAUUAUAUGCUCCUUUUAAUAAGCACCUGUUUAACACCAGGGUCACCUGUUAAGUUAGUUUCAUUGUAAUUAUAAGUAUGGUAUGGAGGAAUGUCCUUAAUAGUAUUUGUUAAACGUUUCAUGUUAUUAUAUUUAUAUUUUAUUUCCGAAAUCUUAGCUCGGCAUACUUAACCCUGUUAUACCAGGGUGGUACCUGGUCUUCUAAACUCUAAAAUAUGAACAAGCAUCUGGUUUCUCAUUACCUAAUUGAUCGCCUGAUGAUGAAGACAACCUUUAAAUAAAAUAUAUUAAAAUCAGAAUUUAAUUAAAGUAUUAAUACUUAAUUUGGUUUAUUCAAUAGACCUUAAAUACAACACUUUUUUAUUUUGAAUGUCAAUUUGAAAAAAAAAAUGAAUUAUAUUUUAAUUAUUGAAGUGUUUGUAAAUAGAGAUAAUAUUAUACUUGUUUUUCAAAAUAUUGGUUUAUAUUGAUUAAAUAAUGAUAUUUGUUGUAACUACCAUCUAGUAAUAUUGCUUCAUUCAGAAAAGCCAAUGUGGAAUGUAUGGCAAGAAUUCAUAAAAAAUCUAGUGAACAAUUGUUAGGUAUAAGUAAUGAAGAACAAGUACGGCAUAAGUAAGUAGUAUUUAUUAGUACCUAUACAAACAAGUAUGAUUAUCAUGUUUGUCUCGUUAUUAAUAUCUGUAAUAAUAGAAUUAUAAAAACAAUUUUCUUUGCAUCCUCUUCUUUAAAAUAAAUAUUUAAAAAAGCCAGGCAAUUUCGCUUGUGGGUGGGUCACUGUUAUAGGUGAUAAGUUGGUAAAGUAGUAGAGGGGAAAUUUAAUGUAUACCUGUUAGCAACAAUAAACCAUUGCCAACGAAAAAACGAUUUUGAGUUAAGUUCAGUUGAUAGUGUUACUUUAUCAACAAUAUGUAUUAUAGUAAAAUAAUAACAUAGGCAUUAUAUAUUUUCUUUAAUAAUAUUUUUUUAAUAUUGUACCUAUUUUUAUGGUUUUUCCGAUUUCCGAAAACUCCCAAGAAAAUCGAAAAAUAAUCCAUUUAAAGUACCUCCUCAGUCACAAUUACUUUUAGAAAAUGUACUACACUUGUAAAUCGGAACAAAAUUUUUGGUGGAAAAGUUGUUCACAAAAAAAAAAAAGAAACAUCUUUGUAAAACCAUAACCUUCAUUCCACUCCAAAUCUAAAAUAAAAUUUAACUUUUAAGAAUAUUUUAAAGACUAAGCUUACUUAUUUAUGAUUUAAUGCUUAGGUUUAUGUGAGGAAGGAUGAUUGAUAACAUGAAUUUGUUAGAGACUAUCAAGAUUUAUCAUUAUACAGCUUUCCAUAGUUUGUGACUCAAUGAAUAAUAAUUUACUUAUUACAUUUUCACUGUUCAUAGGUACUGUGACCUUUUUUAUUUUUUUUAACUAAUUCAAUUUUAAUAAUUUAUGGGAUUUAGACUGAUUUUAACCUAGUUGAUGUUGUAAACUAGAUUUUAUUGAAAUGUCAGCAAAGUGACCUUACUACAUUUAAAUUUUUUAAUUAAGACAAUUUGGAGAACAAUCAUAUAACAACUUUGGAAUGAAAGGUUUUCAUACAUCAUUGAAACCAGUGUUCAGCAACUUUUUUAAACUUCACUUUAGCAACAUUCAAAAAUAAAAACUUGGUAGUCAUAUGUAUUUUUAAAGUUGUUUAAUUAGUAUGUUAAAAUGUUAUAUAAAAGUGUAUAAAUUACAGCUAUGGAAAAUACUACUGACUAAUGUAAUUUUUGUUGUUGGGUAAUUGUCGAUUAGUGUGUGUAAUGUAUGUGUAAUAAUUUGUAUUAUCAUUUCACUAGUUUAUAUUAAAAUGCAUAUUAUUUAUGAUUUUUUUUAAGGCUGAAAAUGGAUAAAGAAAAUUUAUUAAAACAAUCGUCAACUGUCACUAAUCAACUUUUAUCAGUUAGUAGACAAUUAGCAAGCACGUCUCAACAAAGUUUGGAUACUCUUGAAACACUUUGUAAGAUAAUAAUAUAUUUUAUUAUUUUUAAAAUAGUUAUUAUUUAAAUUUAUUAUUAUUACAGUAAAAUCGUCCUCAACAGUGUCUAACAUAAAUAAUGAGAUAAAAAAUGCUAAAGGUGCAUUAACCCAAUCUGGAAAACUAUUAAAUAAAUAUGGACAACGAGAAACAACUGAUAAAAUAAUUAUUAUGUUUGCUUUUGCAUUUUUUUUAUGUGUUGUUGCUUAUAUUGUACAAAAACGGUUAUUUUGAUGUUAAAAUUGUCAAGUUAAAAAUACUAAUAAUAACAUUAAGCUGAUCUCUGUUUGGUUAAUGGUUUAUAAAGAAUUAAGUUGUAUUUGUUUUGUUAGUAAUUUAUUAAAAGAGGGUACAUUCUAAAGAAUUAAUUUAUUUUAAAAAUGUUUCUAUUGUACAUAAUAUGUAAUUGUUAGAUUUUUAGCAUUGUUUAUUGAUUUUAAUAUGAUGUAUAUUUUCUGUCUGUGAGCAAUUUUUAUACCAGAAAUAUAGAUCCAAUAAUUGAUGUCAGAAGUCUGGUAAGAACUCAGGAUGUCUGGUAGUACAUUUUUUUAGGUCUUAAAUUAUUCAUGAGUUGUGCUUAGUUUUCAAAAUAAUAAUAAAAAAUUGGGAAGGUAAGAAAAUAAUUAUUAGAAAUAAGAUUUUUGACUUUAGUUAUUCAUGUUUUAAAAUGCCAUAAUAUUUACCUAUUUUAUGUAAAUUUUAUCUUAAAUGACUAUCAAAUAAGAAAUUACAUUAUGCUUCACUGUUUUUUUUU